AUGCGCGGUGAGACGACUCUGUUUUCUGGGAGAAAUGCAGGCGCUGACUGCAGCGAUAAAAGCAAUCGUGCUAUACCAACGCUGUCAGCGCGUCGGAGUGCAGCGCAAGUGAUUACAAGUGCCUUUUUGUAUGGCUCAAAAGACUCGGGUAUUAUGGGCACUGAAUAUUCGCAGUGGUUGGGAGUGAAGCAGUUGCCCUCUGCAAUGUCCUCCCAAACUGCAGGUUCCUCCGCGACUGGCACAAACACCCGAGGAACUGUCACAGCCACGGCAACUGUCACCAAGAACGCAAGCAGCAACAGCGAUAGUCAAACCAACGGCGCAUCACAACCGACAGCAACAUCCAGCACGUUAUCCUCGAAUAGCAGCAGCAGCAGCACUGCACAACACUCCGGACUAAGCACCGGAGCAAAAGCAGGCAUCGGCGCAGGUGUUGGAGUCGACGUCCUGAUACUCCUCGGACUGAUCGCCUUUAUCCUACUCCGAAACCGGCGCAAGAGGACACCCCAGGAAACACCCGAAGCGCGAGACCAGUCUAUGUCACUGAUGGAGUAUAAGCCGGAGCUCGAUACGAACCAGCCCCGAGCCUCGCGGGCUAACCAGAAACCUGCCGUGGCGGUUACUGCGGCCUAUGCGCCACCGGACGGCGCGAGCGAGCUUCAUUCGCAGCAUUUGUCGUAUCAGAUGCCUACCGGGGAGAACUCGUCGGAGUUGCCGUUCAGCCCUGCGCUGAACCAGCGACCUUUGUAUAACAAUCAGUAUGAAUUACCCGGUCAUUCGGCUGGACGGUAUGAGCUGCAAUAG